UUUGAACAAUUACUUCCAAUAACGUAUUCAGAGUCAAUUAUUCAAAUUAAUUUUCAUCUGAUUAAAUCAGACAUCAGUCACUCAAAUUAACUACGCAAAUUUUUGUAUGAGACGGUAUUAGCGUUAGAUAUACCUCAUACUUGGAUUAAAUAGCCCAUUAAUAGAAAUUUUUAACUUAUAGUCUUUUUAUUUUAAAGUCACUUUAUCGUGAGACGGUGUCAUAGUGAAUUAACUAUUAAUAUUAGUGGCUAUAAUUAAGGUACUAGACCCAUCAAAUACCAAAGAAAUUUAAAAAUGCCCAAGAAAUUAAUAGUGUCAUGAAAGAAAGAUGUUCCCUUGUAGUUGUGGUAUGUGGACCCCAUUAAGAAUGAUCUAAAAUACUUCCUCUAAAGACUAAACCACUUCUUCAACAUCUUCUUAGGCCGUCAAAAUUAAAAUUAAACAAUUUAUACAAUACAAACUACUCUUAUUAAUUAAAAUAAUUCAACCAUAAUACAGACAAUUUCUCAGCAUAAAUUUUCUGAUUCUUCCUUCAGUCUACCAACAAUCCCAUUUCUUUAUCCCUCUUUCCUAGAACUCUGAGUUGUAGUUUGUACCAACCUUCUUUACUUCACCAAAUCUUACUGCAGCUUUUUUUCUUUUCUGGGUAAGUGGGUAUUCCAUUUUGCUGCCAGAAAUGAUUUCUGUUGCGAAAUGCAAUUUCUGGGUUUUGAUUGAUCAGAUAUAAACUUGGGUUUUUUCCCAAAAGAAAAAAAAAAAACCCAAGAAGUGUAAAGAUGAGAGGUUUAAUUGGUUCAUCCCCGAAAGCUGUGGAGACCCGCCAUCGUCUUUCUGCUUCAGUUGAAGAGUCGAGUAAAAGGAGAUCUCUGAGGCAUAAAGAUAUUAGAGAUGUAGAGAAGGCUUCACAUUCUUCUUUUCAGGAUAGAAGUUAUAACUGCAAAAUUCACCCAUUAAAACUCAUCCUAAUUGUCAUCUUGAUUGGGACAUUUUUGACUCUCUUUCAUUCUCCAUCCUUACAGCAUACAGAAAAUUUGUCACAUUCCAGUUAUCAGAUGAGUUUUGUUGAUAGAUGGAGAGGAGAUAGUCAUGUUGUGGACAGACGCUAUAUAUCUGAUAUAACUCUUGAUUGGAAUCGCAUCUCUGAGGUCUUGGAAACUCUUACUGAUAAAGAUGACUAUAAGGCUAUAGGUCUAUUAAAUUUUGAGGAAAGUGAACUCGAUAGUUGGCAGGAAAUGUUACCUUCUCCCGAGCAUCUCGUUUUGCAUCUAGACCAUGUCCCUAAAAACAUAACUUGGGAAACGCUUUAUCCUGAGUGGAUUGACGAGGAAGAAGACUUUGAUAUACCUGGCUGUCCUUCUCUUCCUAGUAUUCAGGUCCCCAGAAAUGCACGAAUGGAUCUUAUUGCUGUGAAGUUGCCUUGCAACAAACUCGGAAAGUGGUCAAGAGACGUUACGAGGCUGCACUUGCAGCUUGCUACAGCAAGACUUGCUGCCUCUAUAAAAGGGUCAUAUGAUGUGCACGUACUGUUGGUCACUGAGUGCUUCCCUAUCCCAAAUCUCUUCACUUGUAAGGAACUUGUUUCACGUGCAGGGAAUGCAUGGCUUUACAAGCCCAAUCUCAAUACCCUUAGAGAGAAAGUUCAGCUUCCUGUUGGAUCAUGUGAGCUUGCAGUUCCUCUCAACCCGAAAGAUCAUUUAUCUUCCGGAACUGCAUCCCGAGAAGCAUACGCUACUAUCCUUCACUCAGCACAUGUGUACGUAUGCGGAGCCAUUGCAGCAGCACAAAGCAUUCGAAUGGCGGGUUCAACUCGUGAUUUAGUCAUACUUGUGGAUGAUACAAUCAGUGAUCAUCACCGAAGUGGCCUCGAGGCUGCAGGUUGGAAACUUCAUACGAUCCAAAGAAUCAGGAACCCAAAAGCCGAACCAGAAGCUUAUAAUGAAUGGAACUACAGCAAAUUCCGCCUUUGGCAACUGACCGACUAUGACAAGAUCAUAUUCAUAGAUGCUGACCUUCUUAUACUCCGAAAUAUCGACUUCCUUUUCGGCUUUCCAGAAAUUUCUGCGACAGGGAACAAUGCAACUCUUUUCAACUCCGGAGUUAUGGUUGUCGAGCCGUCUAAUUGUACGUUCCAAUUAUUAAUGGACCAUAUUAACGAGAUUGAAUCAUACAACGGUGGAGACCAGGGCUAUCUGAACGAGAUCUUUACAUGGUGGCACCGAAUUCCAAAGCGGAUGAAUUUCUUAAAGCACUACUGGGAGGGAGAUGAGCCUGAAAAGAAAGAGAUGAAAACUCUGUUAUUUGGUGCAGACCCACCAAUUCUAUACGUCCUCCACUACCUCGGCAUGAAACCAUGGCUAUGCUUUCGUGAUUACGAUUGCAACUGGAAUAACGAGAUAUUGCACGAGUUUGCCAGUGACAUCGCGCAUAAAACGUGGUGGAAGGUGCACGAUGCAAUGCCUGAAAACUUGCACAAAUAUUGUCUCCUUCGGUCUAAACAGAAAGCCGCGUUGGAAUGGGAUCGUAGGCAGGCCGAGAAAGCAAACUACACCGACGGCCAUUGGAAGAUAAAGAUCAAGGAUCCGAGACUGGAGACGUGCUUCGAGAAUUUUUGCUUCUGGGAAAGCAUGUUGUGGCAUUGGGGUGAGAAGAACUGGACAGACAAUGCAACAGCUUUGUCUCCACCACCAUCUGGACUUAAAACAGCUUCUCUUUCUUCUUUGUAGUUCCAAUUCUUGCUAGAAAUACAAUGACUUCAAGGUAUAGCACAUAGAUGUCCUUUUUUUCUUGUGAAAAUUGUAUACCGAGUUGUGUAGAAACAGUGUGUUCAUUCUCGAUUGAGGCAAAGAUAGUUAGUUUUUCGUUUCGGAAUAUAAUGGAUUGUAGUAAAGCAACUCGUCGAAAUUUAUAGUCUUUGGUUUUGGAGUAUAUGUGAAUUUGCCACAAAAGGCACCCUAUC